AACUCAGGAAGAUUGAUUCCAAGCCCAGUGCUUUAUUCACUGCACCACCCAGGUGUCUAGUCAGGUCGGACAUCUCCCCUCUCCCCCAAAAAAAUUAAUGUUGGGGGGAGGGAGGAGGCAAAGCACACAAUUUUCUACAUUCUUGCCUUAUAAUAGUAGAAUAAUUUUAGAGGAGGUGGAGGACAACAUAGACAUGGGACAUUAGAAAUGUGUGUGCACGCAGAAAACUUAUUUCUUUUAUAGAUGUGAGAAAAUAAUAAAAGACCUGAAUUAUUAGCAAGGAGGCAACGUGGAGUAGUGGAUGGGAUCAGAAAGAUCUGGGUUCAUUGUGACCAUGGAAAAUUAUUUUCACUUUCAGAGCCCUAGAAUUCUCACUACAUCUAUAUAAGUUAUAGAUAAGUUGCUGACCGGUAUCAGCAAAGGGAGUUUACACACUAGAAGUCCCCCACAUGGAUGAAUUCACACGUCUGGAUCCUCCUGUCCCUCCAACAAAACAAAAGAUUCUACAAAAUCUAAAUCCUAAUUAUCACUGUUGGGCAGUGACUUGGGACAGUUCCUAUAAGGAAUAAGGAAUAGAACAAGUUAAUAUUCUUUCUCUGAUGCACUCUUAAUUAGGAUGUCAUUCCAUUUCAUUAGACUCAACUGUUCUUGUACCUCUAUCCAAACGUCAUUCGCCAGUGGCGAAGGAGAAGGAAGAAAGUGUUUGUCUUGCUCUUCGGAGGGCAUUUCUCCUUGUUAUAAAUCACAGCCUCCACAGUAAGAAAAAGGUUCUUGCUCAUAAUUCUCCACAGGCGCCCUGGGCUGGGUGCAAAGGAUGCAGAGAAGCUCAAAACUAACUGACUUAAUCCAGGGGAGCUUAGCAUCUAGUUGGGAAGAAGCCCCUUAUCAAGGACUGCUACAGGAUGUCAGAAAAGGAACCUGGGGGGCAUUAAGAGGGAGCCUCCAGAGGAACCCUGAGUCAUAGCAGUCUGCCUCAGGUGGGCAGCCCUUCAAGGUUUUCAAAGAGAUGUACAAUUGUUCUUACCACCCUGGGAUUUUAUAAGUGAGACAGAGACACCCAGACUGGGACUUGCCCAGGGUCAUACAGUCACAAAGUGUCAUAGGCUGGAAUCAAACUCAGAUCUUCCUGACCCAGGCCCAGGGUUGUCCACCCCAUGGCACCCAGUAACAGCCUCCCCAACCAGCUUUUGUCUCCCUCCGACCUCUGGAAUCAAACCCAAAGUGGAGCAUGGAAAGCCUUCACACAAGGUCCCUUCCCCCAGACUGUCCAGCUACAGGGACCCCUCCUCCAUGGCCUUGAGCCUCAUGUCUGCCUUGCUUCCUUCCGGACUAUUUCCAGGCCCACCAACCUCUGGCUGCUCUGUAUGCAUCUUAUAUGUAAAAAAGAGCUCCCUAAGGUCAGGGCUGGACUGGCUUUUCUUGGUACCUCCAGUACUGGGGUCAAGGUCAGGAAUCAAGUCCUCCACACAUAUUUGACCGAGUCAUCCAGCUUGGCGGGGCCUGGAUGCCAAAGUAAGGCACUGGGGCUUUACCUGUGAGAAGUGGGGAGCCAUUGAUGCUCAGGAGCAGGUUAACUAGGUGGAGUUGGCAGGAGGAGGGGCAAGCGGCUAGAGCAAAGAAGCUAUUAUAGUACACAGGGAUGAGCGCUCUCGAGUUAGACACAUGGAAAGGCUUGGGAAGAGAAGGAUAGUAAGACUCCUUAUUCAUGGAAUGGAGAUGAGCCCCAGCUUGUUCCUUGAGAUACCCAGAGGUUGAGGGUCCCAAGGUUCAGAUCUGAUUGUCACUCUCCCCCAUUCAAGGGCACAUAAAAGUGUCAGAAGUAACUCCCAGGCUACACUGCUUCUCUGAAGCAUGGUCAGGCUUCCUGGAUGUGGGGGGGUGAGGAUCUUCUGCCAACCAGAGAUACCGACUAUUCACAAAUAGGAAAGCCCCCAAAAGGGAUUGCUAUAAUGGAGAGAAACCUAGAUUUGGAUUGUGUUUUCUGGGAUAAUUCACUUAACCUCUGGCCCUCAGCAACCUCACCUGUUGAAGAGGGAUUUGUGGUUUUGAUGAUAUGUUGACCUCCCAUGAGAUGAGCAAACUGAGGCUAAAAAUGUUAAGUGAUCUGCCCAGGGUCCCACAAUCCUAAGGGCAGAAUUCAACUGGCCCCAUGUGGCUCUUUUUCUCCCCUCAGCACUGCCCAUUCAGUCCUACCCAGUUCUUCAAUGCUCUGGUUUCUCUGGAGCCUCAGAAAAGCUGCUUGCUUUCUAUUUCUAUUAAUGCGUGAUUCUAAACAUUUUCCACUGCAGUGAAUUUUAAUAGUCACCAGGGGGAGGCAUUUGCCUCUUUUUGAUGAGGGUUUUUUAAUGAAUUUUCAGGUCUGUUGCCCAGGGACAAUCAAGUUACACUUACUCAGUCUGACACUGGAGAAGACCUGAAAUGGGAGUUACUAUUCUGGGUAGUUUUUUUUUUUUCCUUGACUGGCUUUAGAGACGAUGCUAGAAGCCUAGUGUAGCAGAGUUGGUAGAGAUUUUCUCAUUGAACCUCCUCUCUGAAGGUUCAGAAGCCCAGACACUAAGGACCAAGGUCACCCUAUGGCAUUAGUGCAGCCAGAUCUACAGCCUCAUGCUGUAAAACAUUGCUCGUGUGAGCAUACCCUGAAAGCAUUGCUUCUGCUUGGAGGACCUUUCCCACCUAUGUCUGUCCCCCAGCUUCUCCUUUCUACUACUUGCUGCUCCUUCAGGACCAGGGACAAUUGCUGUCUUGCCAUGAAGCCUCCUUGGAUCUUCCUUCCAGAAGUAAUCUCUUCUAAACUCUCAGAGUAUUUUUGUGCUCUUACUUCCUACCAUGCAUUACAGGACUAGUUAACACCCCUUAUCUUCCUAUCAGGCUGCAAGAUUCUUGAGAUUACAGGCCAUAUCUUAUUCUCUAUAUUCCCAGUAAUACCUUGUAAAGGGCCUUUCACAUAGUGAAUGAUCAGUAAGUAUUUGUCAAAUAGCAAUGGAAACAUCAUAGGUUUAAAGCUAAUACCAGCUGGUCCAAACUACUCAUUGUACAGAUGAAGACACCAAGGCACCAGGAAAAUAAAUGACUUGUCCACAGAUAGUAGGGAGCAAAGCCAGGUUCCAAAAGAGGCCUUAUUUCUACUACCCCCCCCAACCCUGAAGUAUUUACAGUAUGUUAUAGAAAGCUUUGUGAGUGAUUUGUAUCACAUUUAGGCCAGCAAAUUCUUACACGAUAAAUUUUAGCUAUUAGGAGCUGAGAAUGGGAAUGUAAAUCACAAAUAUCAAUCCUGAGAUUAUCCACUUAAGUUAGGACAGUCCACAGUGAGAUAUCUUACAGUAUAAUUUCCACAUGUUAAAAAUGAAUUGUUCUUUGUAACUUUGAUAUGCUAGUGGGAGAAGUGUUUGGGUGGUGUCAUGUUUGUAUCAGCUACUGAGGAUGUGCGCCCACCUUUCUUAAAGUAGGUUUGUGGUUCCUUGUGACUCUCAGGUAAAUGGGUGGUAUAGUACUUAGAAAUUGUUGACUGUCUUAAAACAUACUUGCAUCUAGUUUGGUCAUCUGCUGGGAAACAGAAACAUCGAUGCCUGGUUUUCUGAACCCACAUCAGAAUUGUUGCAUAAGAAUACAAAUUGUUAAUUGUACUGUGAUAUUUAACCCCAGUUUGUGCCAGUUUUCCUAUAUGAAGGGUAGAAAUAAAUGCCUUCUCCACAUUUGUAAAGAGGGAAAGGGAGGGGGUGCAGUGGGGGUAAGGGUGGAGGUUGGGGAGUCAUGUGAAGUAGGUAACAGAGCCAGCCUUUGUGAUAACCUUUCAAUACAGCGACCCAGAGGUCACUAUUACUAUGCACAUGGCUUUCCUUUUCCCUUUCUUUAGCUCUUUGUUUCCUGCUGUUAAGAGAUUCUCAAAGUCUACAUUUUUUUUAAAAAGAAAAACCUUUGCAUAAUUUUCAAAAUUUGAGUUGAGGUAGUCUAUAGCAGCUAAUAGGGAAAGAGAAGAAGCUUCCAUGGUCUAUUCCCAUGAUUCCCUGUUUUACUCCCCUCCCUCCCCUUUUGUGCUUAUAGAUACUAUUUUGGAUGAACAUAAAAGGAAUGAACUUUUUACAGACAACUUUUGUAAAGUAUGUGGCGCAAUGCUACAGUUUGAAUCCCAAAGGAUUUCACAUUAUGAGGGCAAAAAACACGCUCAAAAGGUUAGACUUUAUUUCCAAAUUCAUGGGGAACAAAGUGAAGCCCAAGGGACUGAUAAAAGAGGGAAGCUGGAUUUUCUGACUCUGCAGACGGAUGGGAGUGGAGUGGUGGACAAAAACAAAUUUUGUGAUCUCUGCAACAUGAUUUUUAGUUCCCCAGUUGUUGCUCAGUCUCACUAUUUGGGGAAAGUUCAUGCCAAAAAGUUGAAGCAGUUAAUGGGAGAACAUGCUCAAACAUCUCCACCAAGUUCUCAGCCAGACAAGGCAGGUCUGCCUGUUGCUAGUUGUGCCGGGCCGGAGCCACAGCAGCCCACUUCCGACAGAGCCGCCCCAGAAGCGGCAAUGGAAGAAACUCCCCCGGCUGGUGCUGGCCCCACUUUGGAUCUGAACAACCCAGACAGAUACUGCGAGCUCUGCUGUGCCUUCUUUAAUAGCCCGUUCAUGGCGCAGCAGCACUAUGUGGGCAAGAAGCACAAGCGGAGCGAGACUCGGAAGAAGAUCCUGGAAGAGAUUGGGCAGAAGACCCUCCCUGCCGAGUCUACGAGCAGUGCACUUGGUGUGGGUAACUACAUAUGUCCCAUUUGUAGUAUCACCCUUACAUCUAUAGAAAUGUACCAGUCCCACAUGCAAGGAAAUAAACAUCAGAUUAAAGAAUCUCUGGUUGUCAACCUGAUGAAGAACUCAAAGAGAACCUUUCACUCUUUCCAAGAUGAGCUGGCUGACUACAUCCAGGUGCAGAAAGCCCGAGGGCUGGAGCCCAAGACUUACUUCAGGAAAAUGGCCGAGGAUCACUUUGAGAUGGACAAGUACAAGGAAGAUCAGGACGCCAGGCCCCAGGGCACGCUGGUGGCCUUUGAACAGAGACUCCCACCCGAGACCUUCCAGGCCUGCCCCGGAACCUACGCCCUCACACGCACAGUGGAGAACACUCUGUCUCAUUGGUCACCCGUCCAUGACAGCCGGCUCCGACUGGAAUCUUUCGGCCAAGGCCAGCCCAGCAAGGAAGAGUUCUCAGAAAAAUUCACAGCCUUGGGGCCCACUCAGCAGGACGAUAACUCGGGGCCGUCCAGCAUCUCCUCGGACAACAGCAUCAAUUCCUACCAAGCAGGUCAUAAACCCAAAGGGACUCAUCGGAGGAAGAGACAUUUAAGGGAGGACGGAGAAGACCGGCCAAAUGAGGAAGAGAAGAGGAAGAAAAAUGUGGAGGACAAGGACUCGGGCAAAGACCACAAGGCUGUCCGGAGGAGGAAGGCGGAGGCAGAUGGCACCAGCGUAGGGAAACCGAAGCACAGGAAAGAGAAAAGGAAUCGGGAAAUAGCCACUGACAAAGAAGACCGGAGACACCGGAAGGAGAAGAAGGAGCCUCUGCCCAGGAGGACAGAGGAGGAGAUGCUGUGGGACGAGUCCAUCCUGGGCUUCUGAGGCCACUGCUCUGACAUCAGGUGCCAGAUGCUAGUGGCCCUGGAUGCCCAUCGCAAGGCCGUCUGAAGGUGUUCGGCCUGUUCUCCAGCACUUUAAAAUGAGGAGAAAUGACUUCUCUUAACGUUUUCUAAAAAUGAUUUCAUGAAAAUGCCUUGUUUUUUCCAGGUAAUGCUGCUUCAUUUUGUACGGAAGACUACUUUUCUUCUUUCUCUUCUUUGAGUUAUCCUUUAUUUCAAAUGACCUUUCUGAAUGUCUUUCUUGAUUAGGUUCCUGUUGGUUUGGGUUAAGAUUUGGUGUUUUGUUUUUGCUUUGUUGUUUGUUUGUUUGUUUUUUUAAGAGAAUAUACAAAAACAGUGUAGAAUUAUUUUUCCCCAUGUUUAGACUUAAUUUACAGUAUGUUUUCCAGAUGUGGAAGUAUAAAAUGACAUAGGCUAAACUCAGAUAUACAUAGUUUAAAAUGUUCUCAAGUAAAUAAUACUAAUCAGAAUUCAUUUUACAUUCAGGAAGUGUUCAUAUUAAAAAUAUUCUAAUUUUACAUGCUGUUCUAUAUAAAUUGUGUUCCCUUUAUAAUAUAGUUGUAUCUUUCAUUGAAUGAUUUGUACUUAGUACUUCAUACCUCCGUUAUGUGGCCACAAUGGCUACUGCUGACCACGGCUGGUAAGGAAGAAGGAAGUGCCUGAGCAGGGAAUCAUUGAUUGAUUAGAGGACUCUCUUGCUUAAGGAAUUGCUUUCUACCUCAGGAAACAUGGACAUUCUCUCACCCAAAGUCAUUCCUCUUGCUUCAUGGAAUAUAGAUCAGACUGUCCAGGCACCUGAAAUGAGGUGGUGGCACCUUGGGCUGCCCUCACCAGCAGUCUGACCCAAUGGAGAUGGAGGGGAGGCAGCUACUGACUCUUCACCAAGAGCGUGGUGUAGCUUCCAUAUCGUGCUUAGGUCCUGCUCAAUCCCUGGAUAAAUAAACAAAGCCCAGGUAUGAAAGGCA